ACAGCUGCCCCAAAUAUAGCAUUAAUCAGCUUGAUCAACAGUACACAGAAGCUCCUGAACUGCUUAGCUGAGUUAGCUCCUCGUAAUUUUCUCCCCAUUCCUUCUUCCGCCAAAAAGCAGCCCGCUUAAUUUUAUGGCCUCUCCUUCGUCCGUCACGUGUCUUCAUUGGCACUAUAAAAUUACCAGCCGCGCCCUUCAGCCAGUCAGCGCAGGUAUUCGCAACGAGCCCCGAUGCCGGCCACGGAAUUGAUCAAUGUAACCGCCGGCAUCCGCAUCGAUGAAAAAACCAAGAAUUACCUCCCUCGUGGCGGCGCCUCCUUCGCCGCGCAUUCGAAAACAGUUCUCGACAAACUCAGAUCCUCCGGCGUUGCCAUCGCAACAGGCCUCUCCGGCGACGAGCUCGCCGCCAUCGAAUCAUCCCUCGCUUUCCACUUCCCGCCGGACCUCCGUUCUUUUCUCCACCUGGGCCUCCCCGUCGGCCCCGGAUUUCCAAACUGGCGCUACGCCUCGCCGCAGCAUCUCCAAAUCCUCGCCUCCCUCCCUUCCUCCGACCUCCUCUACGAGAUCUCUAAUGCCCGAUUCUGGCCGCUUGCGUGGGGCCUCCGUCCAGAUUCCCAUGCCGAGUCCAUCGCCCGGGCUCGAUCCCUCCUUGCCGGCGCGCCUAAGCUCGUACCCGUUUACCGCCACUUCUACAUUCCCGCAACCCCCAAUGAAGCCGGAAAUCCCAUUUUCUAUGUUCGCGGGAAAGAAGUGCGUUGCUGCGGAUUCCACCUAUCCGAUUUCUUCUGCAUCAAGGAGCUGUUCUUCCAGCCGCCGCGCCGCCGGCGCGGUCCGCAACCGAGGCGAGGAGGAUUGAAGUCUGGACGGAUUUGGCCUCUGGAGGUGUGA